AUGCAGUCGUCUAAAAACGCCGACGGGUCCAAGAAGCCCUGGAUCGAAACGCCUCUCAUCGAGUCGGCGACGUUUUCUCAGCAGGCAGGAUGUCGAGUCUUCCUCAAACUUGAACUUCUCCAGCCCUCGGGCUCUUUCAAAUCACGCGGAAUCGGCAAUUUUAUCUCCAAAUCCCUGACCUCCCCAACAAACGCCAACAAAAAAGUCCACUUCUACAUUUCCUCCGGCGGCAAUGCCGGUCUCGCAGCUGUCCACGCAGCCCGCGACCUCGGCUGCGCAUGCACGGUCAUCGUACCACACAGCACAAAGGCAAUGAUGAUAUCCAAGCUGCGCGCCGCUGGGGCAGAGGCCGUGAUCCAGCAUGGAGCCAGUUGGUUCGAGGCUGAUACUUUCCUACGAGAGAACUACAUCAACCACCAGGACGCGCAAACAGACUCUGUCAAUGUGUACGUGCCGCCGUUUGAUGACCCACUGGUCUGGGAGGGCGCGGCGACUAUGGUUACGGAGAUGGCGAAGCAACUACCAGAGAGAGAUGGGGAUGAGUUCCCUGCCGAUGCAAUUGUUUGUAGCGUCGGGGGAGGCGGUUUGUUUAAUGGUAUCGUUAGUGGACUGGACCAGUAUUCUGCCUGUCGACGUGAAGCAAAACCCAUUCGUGUCCUAGCGGUUGAAACUGCGGGCGCGGAUUCGCUGGCUCAUUCUCUGCGUUCUGGGGAAUUGUCUUCGCUCAAGGCCAUUACUUCGCAGGCUACUUCUCUCGGUGCGUUGCGCGUUGCACCACAGACCUUUGAGAAUGCGCGCUCGCCGCCUUCGGGGGUCGAGGUGUCCAGUGUGGUUGGCUCGGAUGAGGAGGCUGCGAUAGGUAUCUUGCGACUGGCUGAUGAGCUGCGAUUGCAGGUAGAGCUGGCGUGUGGAAUCUGUGUGGAGGUUGCUCUUGGUGGCCGGUUGAAGGAGGUGAUUCCAGACUUGACGCCAGAGAGCCGGGUUGUGGUUGUUGUUUGCGGCGGAAGCAACGUGACGGCGGAAAUGAUUACGGACUAUAGACGCAAGAUUCAGGAGGGAUGGGAUUGA